CUUGUACUUUUCCUGUCCAGUUGAUCAGUACAUACCAUUCACCAUGUCCAGGCUGGUGUGGGGCAGUCUGGCGGCGGUGGUGGCUGCAGUGGGGCUCGGGGUCUCCGGAAACUACGCUUUGGCCAGUCUUCCAGCAGGCUUGGCAGCGGUGGGACUCGGUUUCUACUGGACCAGGGAUGACUUUGAUCCUGAGAAAUUGCGAGGAGCCACAGUCGUCAUCACGGGCUGCAGUACCGGUAUCGGCGAAGAGGUGGCGUACCAGUACGCCCGGCUGGGAGCAAAGAUCCUCAUCACAGCCAGGAGGGAGAACAGGCUGAAGGAGGUUGUAGCGAAGGCAAAGUCCCUUGGUGCUCAGGAGGCGCACUACGUGGCCGGGGACAUGGGGAAGGCGGAGGACUGUGAGAGAACCAUUCAAACAGCCAAGGAGAAAUUCGGGCGUCUUGACUACCUGAUCCUGAACCACGGAGGGUCGAACGUCAAGAGCAUCCACGAAGAUUUCGCGGAGAAGUCUUGGGACGAGGAUCCCAACAUGGAAUUCUUGGAAGACGUCAUGAAGAUCAACUUCAUUGGUUACGUCCGGCUGGCGACGCUGGCCCUGCCUCUUCUGAAGGAGAGCAAGGGGAGUAUCGUGGUCGUGACGGGACCUGUAGGAAAGGUCCCGGUGCCCAACAUGCACUGGGAGGCGGCUCUGAAGUUCGGUGUGGACGGGUUCUUCAGCUGCCUCCGUCUGGAGUUACUGAGAGCCGGGCACGACGUCUCCGUCACUCUGGCCAUCAUGGGCUUCACCAAGACACCGGCGGUCAUUGAGAGACUGCAGAAAACGGAGAAAGGACGGAAGAGACUGAAGAGAGCCACGCCCAUUGACCAGACGGCUCGGGCCAUCAUCCGCGGCGGGGCGACCCGAGCGCGAGAGAUCUAUUACCCAGCAUCCUUCUGCUGGACCGUGGUCACCAUCGGCGCCAUCUUCCCCUCUCUCCUCGACAAGAUGUUCGUCAGGAUGAAAAUGUGAAGUUUAGCACGAAAUUAUACAUAGAACAUAACAUUAUGGAUAAACUAAAUUUUAACUUACCAACACUGAAAUCAUCCCGGGCCCCAAUCAAUUUCAGUGUUGGUUAAUUAGUUUAGUUUAGCCACAUUGGCAAGUGACUGGCUGCUUGCCUACUCAUCCAUCGACAUCGACAGGAGAAUCCAUCAUUUUGGCCAUAGUGAAAAAAAUGUGAAUCUUUAUCGAUGAUGAUGAUUCCAAGGUGAAUCAGUCUUGACAGCAUGUGUUGUCACCCUCUUGUCACUCACAGCACUUUUUCUUCACCCAGCACAAACGCAACCGUGCUUUAAAGCUGUUCACUGGCUCUGGUAAUACUGCUUCCGAUGGUGAGACUGUAGAUUUGGCCAGCGGCACAGCUAGCUUAAACCAAUAACCUCUAGUUGUCAGGUGUUUUCCCUCUGCAGAGAAGCUAUCUACAUGCGAGUGGAGACUGUUGCUCUUCAUAUUCCGUUCCAUUUCCUUUCAUUUCGCACUUUCUGUACACCCGGCUAUUGGGUACCCACCUACCCGUAGAAAAUUAGAUAAUCUGAAAACGGUCUUGAUUAAUCCAGCGUCCUAAUAUUUGAAGUGCGUUCAAUAAGUAAUUUUCUUUCAUUAAAUACUUCUUGCUUUAAGUCAGUCCAAACUAGUCUUAGUUUUAAAUAGCGCAAACUAUUAGCGGUAGCCAAUUUAGCAGUAGGCACUAGUACUGUGGAAGAGAAACCUCUGUAGCAUUGAAUUAAUGAAU